GACGUUUUCAGUCAAAAAAUUUUACUUCCUAGCAUAGGUUAGAAAUUUUAAAGUAAUUUCAUGAAUAUGGAUAACUGUUUUGUAGAUAUAACUGUGGAAUUUUUAGCAGUCACUUUUCAUAGUAUUUUAUAUUAUACUUCAACGUACCCGAAGAGUAUUUUUGAAACUAAGAAAAAGUAUAACAUCGUUGUUUACCGGUCCAUACACCCUGAGGUCAACCAGUACAUUGAUUUAUGUUUAAAAACUAUAGCAGAAUGUUUAAGAAGUGGGCGAUUAAAACGAUUAGAAUUCGCUAUAACAGACAAUAGUUACAAACCAGUAUUAAAAUUUGUUUUCGACUUUGAACAUAUAAGUGAUUUUGAUGAAACUUCUGACGCAUAUUUAAUUAAAACUGAACAGAAUUUACGCGCGUUUUGCUUAAAAUUGGCGGCAGUCCGCCACAAAUUUACAAAUUUGCCCGAGGAUGCAAGUUUUACUAUUUAUAUCCACACAAAUGAGUCUGCAGCUGUUGCUUUGGCUUCCGAUCCUAAUCUUGAAGAGUUUCCAUUAGUUGAAGUAGAUGAAAAGUAUGAAGAAUCUGAUAAAAUACUUCCUAUAAGAAGGUUUUCUGUGAGAAAUUGUAAUAUAGAUACAUACAUUGAGUUUUCAAGAUAGUAUAGAUGUAUGUAAUUAAUUUUAAGUUUUUUAUUAUGUAUUAAGUUAUAAAAUUUACUCUUAUAGUUUUGUAAAAAGUCUG